AAGCACGAAACGGUAAAAAAAGUUAACCUUUCACUAACCGUAGCUGAUAGAAACCUAUAAUCAUUUUAGUAGUUUAGCGUUGAGUUUUUAUUUUCAUUUAUUUAAAAUAUUUCUUUUUAUUUAAAGUUGAUCAACUAUUUUUUAUUGGGCAUCAAUUAAGUUGGAAUUUCACAAAGACUGAGUUGCUUCUAUAACAGUGUUAAUAUCUUUUUAAAAUGUUGCUUAAUGUGUAUGUCAUUCCUGACAUUCCUUUCCCGUCUUUGGCAGAUAUCAUUAAUUGUACUUUCUUUUGUUUGGGUAAAUAGUUGUUGAUUAACAGAUGUAUCUCACUUUUGUAAAGCUGUCAUUUAUGGAUUUAAUAUUUUAUGUGGAUGUAUAUACAUCAGUUUUGACUCAAUAGUGAUUAAUAAAAUUAAAUAGUAAAUUUUUGUUGACAUCUUCUAAAAGGGAAGAAAUGAAACCAUCUAUCAUCGUUUGUUACAAAUCCAUCAAUGGAAUCUACAACUCAAAGAGAUCCAGAAGAAGUUGAAGUUAAUUUUGAAUCAGAGCCAUCAAACAAAUCAUUAUUCUUGGAAAAAGUACGCCAGUCUAAUGCUGCCUGUCAAAGUGGUGAUUUCUCUACUGCCAUUAGACUAUAUAGUGAGGCUAUUGUGCUUGAUCCUUCUAACCAUGUACUGUUUAGUAAUAGAUCUGCAGCCUAUAUUAAAGUGGGAAAAUAUGGAAGAGCUCUUCAAGAUGCCAUUAAAGCUAGAGAAUUGCAUCCGAAAUGGCCUAAAGCAUAUUAUCGACAAGGUGUUGCCCUUCAAUGUUUGGGACGCCACGCAGAUUCCUUGGCAGCAUUUGCCUCCGGAUUAGCCCAAGAAUCUAAAAAUGUACACUUAUUGGCUGGUCUGGUUGAAGCUGCAAUGAAAUCUCCUCUGAGAGCCACUCUUGAACCAACGUACCGUCAACUACAAGCUAUGCGUUUAGAUAAAUCACCUUUUGUCAUAACAUCUGUUGUUGGUCAAGAAUUAUUAGCUACUGGAAAUCAUGCUGCAGCUGUAGUCGUUUUAGAAUCUGCUUUACGGAUAGGUACCUGCAGUCUAAAGCUCAGAGGUUCUGUCUUUUCUGCUUUGAGCAGUGCUUAUUGGGCUUUAAAUACUUUAGAUCGUGCUAUUGCCUACAUGCAGCAAGAUUUAGCUGUGGCCAAAUCUUUAGGAGAUCAAGCUGGAGAAUGUAGAGCCCAUGGCAAUUUAGGUUCUGCAUAUUUUUCUAAAGGAAAUUACAAAGAAGCUUUGACCAGCCAUAGAUAUCAGCUAGUUCUAGCCAUGAAGUGCAAAGACACUUAUGCUGCUGCUUCAGCUUUAACUAGUUUAGGUCACGUUUAUACUGCUGUUGGUGAUUAUCCCAACGCUCUAGCAAGUCAUAAACAAUGUGUGCAAUUAGUACGUCAAGUUGGAGAUGGAUUGCAAGAAGCUCGAGAAAUCGGCAAUGUGGGUGCCGUUUAUUUAGCCAUGGGGGAUUUUGAUCAAGCUGUUGAGUGCCAUUUAGAACAUUUGAGAUUAGCAAAACAGCUUGGUAAUAAAGUUGAAGAAGCAAGAGCUUACAGCAAUUUAGGUUCCUCUCAUCAUUAUCGAAGAAAUUUUGAACAAGCCAUUACCUUUCACAAUCAUGUAUUGAGAUUAGCUCAAGAACUUGGUGACAAAACCAUUGAAGCUCGUGCUUAUGCUGGACUAGGGCAUGCUGCUAGAUGUAUGGGAGAUUAUCCACAAGCAAAGAAAUGGCAUGAGAAACAAUUAGAUAUGGCUUUGGGUGCUAAAGAUAAAGUGUCUGAGGGACGAGCUUGUUCAAACUUAGGUAUUGUUUAUCAGCUGCUCGGGGAUUUCGAUGCUGCUCACAAACUUCAUCAGGCUCAUUUGAAUAUUGCUAGAGCAUUAGGGGACAAGGCUGGAAUGGGACGAGCCUAUGGAAACAUAGGCAAUGCCUACAGUGCAAUGGGACGUUAUGAACAAGCUAUUAAGUUCCAUAAACAGGAGCUAACUAUUUCUAAAGAAGUCAAUGAUAGAAGUGCUGAGGCAUCAACUCAUGGUAACCUGGCAGUUGCUUAUCAGGCCUUAGGUAUGCAUGAAAUGGCAUUAUUGCAUUAUCACAGCCACUUGAACAUUGCUCAAGAAUUAAAAGACACUGCGGGAGAGGCUUGUGCCCUUUGCAAUCUUGGAAACUGCCAUAGCUCUAGGGGAGAGUUUUCGCAAGCUGUUCCUUAUUACGAAAGUUUUUUGCGUUUGUGCCAAGAAAUCAGUGAUGCUGAGGGUGAAGCUAAAGCAUGCCAUUUUUUGGGAUAUGCUCACUACUGUCUGGGAAACUAUAAAGAUGCAAUACAUUAUUAUGAGCAAGACCUGGAAUUAGCAAAAGAUUUACAAGAUCGGUUGAGCAUGGGUCGAGCAUACUGUAACUUAGGGUUAUCACAUUUAGCUUUGGGAAAUUUCCAAGCUGCUCUUGAGUGUCAAAGAUAUUUCCUGGCUGUGGCGCAAAUGAUGAAACAUCUUCAAGGAAAGUUUCGAGCUCUUGGAAACUUAGGUGAUGUUUUAAUGAAGAUGAAAGAUCCAAGUCAAGCUGUUAAAGUUUAUCAAAAGCAGUUGAUUCUUUCCAAACAGAGUGGUGAUAGGGCUCUUGAAGCCGUGGCUUAUGGUGCUCUAGGCUUAUGUCAUCGACAAAUGCAGUGUUUUGAUAAAGCAUUGGGAUAUCACACUCAGGAGCUUACACUUAGACAGGAGUUGAAUGACGUCAGAGGUGAAUGCAAAGCUCAUGGUCAUUUAGGAGCAGUUCAUAUGUCUCUCGGUAAUUACACUAAUGCCAUGAAAUGCUAUGAAGAGCAAUUAGAACGUGCUAAAGAACUAAGGGAUUGUGCUUUAGAAACUCAAGCCUUGGGGAACUUAGGAAUAUCUCGAUUAAACAUGGGUCACUUUGAAGAUGCUAUUGGGUAUUUUGAGCAGCAACUUGCAUUGCUUGAACAGCUGGGUAAUAAUAAUGCCCUUAUAGACAAGGGAAGAGCCUAUGGUAAUCUAGGUGACUGCUAUGAUGCUCUGGGAGAUUUUGAAGAAGCAAUCAAGUGUCACGAACAGUAUUUAGCUAUCGCCUUGAAAGGACAGUCGUUAAGAGAUCAAGAAAGAUCUUACAGGGGGCUUGGAAACUCUCAUCGCUGCAUUGGAAAUUUACAACAAGCUCUGGUUUGCUUUGAAAAACGCUUAGUUGUUUCUCAUGAGCUUGGAAAUAUUAGCGCUAAAGCUGCUGCUUAUGGUGAGCUUGGGGGCAUUCACAGUAGCUUAGGUAAUUUUGAACAAGCAAUUGCAUGUCUUGAGCAUCAAUUAAACUUAGCAAGAGAGAUGUCAGAUCGUGGGGCUGAGGCAGAUGCUGCGUGUGGUCUAGGAACUGUAUAUCAACAAAUGGGUGAUCACCAAAGAGCUUUGAAAUACCAUCAAAUGGAUCUCGACAUUGCUGAAGAAACGAACAAUAUGGCAGGUCAAGGCAGAGCCUAUGGAAACCUUGGAGUGGCCCAUGAAUCUCUUGGUAACUUUGAACAAGCUAUCUUGUAUCAAGAACAGCAUCUGAGUAUUGCUGCUCAGAUAAAUGACAAAGUUGCUAAGACAUUAGCUUAUAGUAGUCUAGGAAGGGUUCAUCAUGCUUUGGGAAAUACUCCUCAAGCUGUAGCUUACCUGCAACAAGGACUUUUAAUUGCUGAACAACUAGGUAGGCGAGAAGACGAGGCUAGACUGCGACAUAGAUUAGGUCUUGCAUUAUGGGGUAAUGAUGACCUGGAAGGUGCUCAACAACAGUUAUACCGGGCCACCGACUUAUUUGAAAGUAUCAGAAGAGAAGCACGGGGAACCAGUGAUUAUAAAUUGUCGCUGUUUGAUUUGCAAACUGCCUCUUAUCAAGCAUUACAGCGUGUUUUAGUUGGUUUAGGAAGAUAUCAGGAAGCUCUUGUAGUGGCAGAAAGAGGUAGAACAAGAGCAUUUGUAGAUCUCUUACUUGAAAGACAAACCAGUACCAGCCAAAGUAUUUUGAAUUUCAAUCCAGCUAAUGUUGAACAAAUUUAUGAUAUUGUUAGCAGACAGAAAGCAACAGUUUUGUAUUAUAGUAUUGCUGCUGGUUAUCUCUAUACAUGGCUUGUAGUACCUAAUAAAGGAAUAGUGAAAUUUCAUGAAAGUAAUAUCAAUGACAUUGAAAAUGAAAAUGGUAAUGAAACAAGUGUUGCUGUGCCUUCUGCUAGCUCAUUAUUAGAACAAUAUAUAGUUCAUGUAAGAGAAGCCCUCGGUGUUGAUCUGCCUUCAUCUCAAAAUGGUGCUCUUAGUGAAACGGAGAGCGAAGCUGGUGAUUUAUGGAAUCAGCAACUUGAAGAACUUGGCGAUCGUUUAAAUCAGGAAAAUGAUAGAACUGGAUUUUUAAGAAUGGUCAAUAGAAAUCAUCUUUUUAAUAGCAGCAAUUACAGCCUUAGCAGUCUUUUCAGUGUUGGCAGUCUAGGAGGUAGCAUUGCCAGUGGACUAACUAGCAGACCGGGCAGUAUGAGAUCUCGUCGCUCUCAGUGGCAAGGACCUGCACCUUUGCACGCCCUUUAUGAUCUUUUGAUCGCUCCCAUUGAAGAUUGCUUACCAAGGGACCCAGAUCUGCAAGAACUACUUCUUGUGCUUGAUGGUGACCUGUACUUAGUUCCUUUUGCCAUUUUAAAGAAUGGUAGCUGUGAUGAAUACCUUUGUGAAAGGUUCAGUUUAACUGUUUUGCCAUCCAUCAGUGCCUUAAAAGCAAGCCAAAGGUCAAAAAUAGUUCGACGAAAUAACAGCAAAGAUAUAUCUUCGGCUUUAGUGGUAGGUAAUCCCAAAAUUCCACCCAUUGUAUCAGAACAGUGGGGUUGGAAUGACAUUCCUCAGGCUGAGCAGGAAGCAAAUUUAGUUGGAGAAAUUUUAUCUAGCAAGGCAAUAACUGGAAAUUGUGCGACUAAGGAAUAUAUUUUGAGUCAGCUAUCUCAGGCAGAGUGCAUCCACUUUGCCACUCACAUUUCCUGGAAACUUUCUGCAGUUGUGUUGUCUCCUGGAGAGUUCAUGGAAUCUUCAAGGCACUAUCCUCAUGGUUCACAGUCAGAAAUGAGUCACGAUAAUAACGAAUUUGCAGAGGAGCCUUCUUCAGAACUAUCAUCCACUGAUUUACCACCGCUCUCUGAAUUCCUUCUCACAGCUGCGGAUAUUUUGAAUUUGAGACUGUCUGCACGCCUAGUGGUUAUAAGUUCAUGCCAUACUAGAAAUCAUCAUGGUCGAGCAAACUCUGAUGGAGUCGUUGGUUUGACCAGGGCUCUUUUAGCUGCUGGAGCUCAGUGUGUUUUAGUUUCUUUGUGGCCUGUGCCUGACGCUGCAGUCAAGAUUCUUCUGAGAACCUUUUAUUCGGCUCUAUUACAGGGAAGCAAAGUAAGCUUAGCAUUAGCUGAAGCAAUGAGAACAAUACAGAGCACAAAGCAUUUUGCUCACCCAGCUAAUUGGGCCAGCUUUGUUCUUGUUGGAAGUGAUGUUCAUCUUAGUAAUCAAGUGGCUUUGAUGGGACAAGCUUUAUCUGACCUUUUGAAGACUCCUAAAGAAUGCAGUGAUGCUUUAAGAAUUGUUUUACAUUUGGUUGAGAAAUCCUUACAACGAAUACACAGGGGGCACAAAAAUGCUAUGUACACAACUCAAGAAGCAAUUGAGAAGCGAGUUGGGCUCGUAAAUGGUUGGAAAGAAUUACUCAUAUCAGUUGGAUUUCGUUUUGAGCCUGCUUCAAAUGGCUCACCUGCAUCUGUGUUUUUCCCUCAAUCUGAUCCUGGAGAAAGACUCACUCAGUGCAGUGCUAGUUUACAAGCUCUUUUAGGUCUGUCACCUGUUUCUCUGUGUGCACUCUCCAAAUUGUUGUGCAGUCCUGAAUAUGCAGAUGAUAUUAUUCAAUUGAUUCGUCAAUUUAUGUCACAGUUUCUUCAUAAGGAGCAAGAAAUCGAUAACAUUGAAUGCUCUGUCAAUGUGCGGCUAUGGAGUAUCCCUGGAUGUCAUGAACUAUUGGCUUCAUUAGGUUUUGAUCUAAUGGAAGUAGGACGAGAUGAGGUUAUGCUUAGAACUGGAAAACAGGCUAACAAAAGAACCAUCCAGUUUGCGUUACAAGCAUUGUUAGCAGUUUUUGAUACUCAAGAAGCUGCUAAAAGCUUGACCCUAGAAGAUUCAAGCUCUUUAGAAAGUCUUGAUAGUGAGCCAAGUGAUACUAGAACAACUUCUCCACCUCCAACAACUGCACCAACUCUUGCUUAUCCUGCUUGGCGUCCUGUGCUUGGGAAUCAAAUCUUAGGCAGAAGCAGCACUGGAGCUUUUAGCACUUAUGCAAGAACUCGUGAUGAACCCGAUGGCCGAACUGCUACAAUGGGAAGCGAUCAAAAAGGAAGAGAAAGUGACACGUUUACACCCAGUCCUGUUGACACUAUGAAACCAUACAUGCGUGGGCAGAAACAUUCACCACAACCUGGGCCUCAUUUGGCCAUUAAUUUAUCCCAUCAGAGUAAAAUCCGUUCUAUGUACAAUGAUAGUCCAGCAAGUGAUAAUAAUGCUACUCGUCCAAACAGUUCCUCUUCAGCUAGCUCUGUAACUGAUUGGGAGUCUGGGCAGUCGACAGUGCGUAGACAAAUUAGUUCAAGAGAUGUGGAUGCUAUGUCUUUAAAAGAAAAUCGAAAUGUGCCUUAUGAAGAUUUAAAGAAGAAUUCGUGCAAUGCUUUGAGUGAUCCGUCCAAAUUAUCGUCUAUCUUAACGAGUAAUAAUAUAGAACUUUCACAAUCUUCUCAAUCGAAUUCCGAAUUUGACUUCUCCGGUAGCAAUUGUGAUUUAGGAAAUCUCCAGUCGCAGAUUCAAAAUUUUAAUUUGUCUUCAAUGAGUAUGAAAAGUGAUAUGAAAAAGAAGUCCUGCAUGUUUUCCUCAGUUGUAAAUAAAACUAUGAGCAAAGAUUUUUGUAAAAAAGGAAUAUCAAGGCUGGAUCAUGACAGAAGUUACUACAGGAAAGCUAGCACAUUAGGCCAUGUUGUUGAAACUAAAGCUCAAAUUCACCAAAUAGAUACUUCUAAUAAAUCUUACCCAUCUAGUGAAACAGGUAUCUAUGCUCCUUGUCUUGAAGGUAAGACGCAGGAAAAUAUUGAUAUACUUGAAAUUCGUGCCCCUCCUACAAUCGGUGUUAAUCCUCGUGAAAGAUCAUUAUAUGUUCCUCAAGCCUUUCAUAAUAGCUUAACUGGAAGGAAGCAAAAUAGCAAUAAACAAGCCGUGAACACCCAGUUGAGACACUUAAGCCAAGAAUUGCCUAUAUCUGAUGUGUACCAUGAUAGAAAUGUAGGUUUGGGAUUAGCUCCAUCUCUCUCAAAAAUCUUAGCUGCAGACAAUGCAGCAUUGAAUGAUGAUCAGCUUGUUGAGAGAGACAAUUUAUUUCCAAGAACUAUGAACAUGAACGGAAAUCAAAAACUCCCUCGUCAGAAACCCCCUUUGCCGCCAAAACGUAUUCCUUUGCCAUAUAACCAUUCUCACACUGAUCAUCGAACUUCUGUGAACGAAGCAUCUCAGAAAGCAAACCUGUCGGUAAACGGUGAAAGUUCUGUAAAUCACGGUGUGAGAGGGGAGGGUGAUGGUGGCUCUUUUACUGACUUGAGUUGCCCCAGUCAAGUUCAAGACCUUUUCCCUCCUUCGUUAAAAACAUUCUCUUCCUUUCUGAAUAAUAUUGAAGAUGUACUUCCGAACACUGAAGUCUCCAAGAAACCACAUUUGGACAUUUCUGAAAGUGCUUCUGGAUUCAAAGUCAACCCUCUCAGUUUACACGAUUCAUCUGUAGAAAUAAAAAGCCAUAAAGUGGAUGGUGGCAAAUUAGGCUACUAUAAGAAUGACUCAGAUUCCGCUAAUGUCCUACAAAAAGAUGGUUGGACAUUGGAUACCAAUAGAAAUCUUUGCACUAGUUCUACAACAUCGGAUACAGAAGGUAGUGAUAUUGACAAUUCUCCAAAAAAUGUUUCCACUGUAAAAAGAAAUCCUAAACAUGUUAUAUCCUCUCGAAGUAAAGUUCCUGAAAAUCCAUCCUGAGUCUUGGACGUACAUAGCUUGCAUUUUGUUGAUACAUUUUUGAUAUGUUCAUUGUUAAAUUUGUACAUAAUAUGUAUUUUCUAUGAAGCUCCUUUACAGGCUUGUUUACAACUUUUGUUUUUUUGUAACAUGAAAUGUUUUUACUUUUUUAUCUUGUUGUAAAAUACACUAUUGUUGAGAUGUUCUUCCAAUAUUGUAAUGUUGAAUGUUUAUAUUUAUUAAACUUUUUUUGUAUUUUA